CCCAGCCGUAAAGCGCGAUGUAGGAAGUAAUUUACACCGAUGCUGUUUUUGUUUUGACAUCUUUAUCGAAAAGAUUAAAAACAUCAAUACCCGGACACAUUAUCUGCUUCAUGUUUGAUCUGAGUUGCGGAGUCUGUCGUUAAACGAGCGUGAAACUGUGAAGAGUCCAUGAGUCGCAGUCGAAACCCUCCUCCUGCUCGGGGUCAAAUGGCAGCUCGAGCUAAACAGAUGGGGCUGCGUCUUGAUCUUUCCCCGGGUGGAGGGAUGGAUGAUGAAGGGAAUGAUGAAGAGCUGGAGGCGGAGCUCCUUAGUCUGGUGGGAGGAGGCGGAAGAGGAGGGAAAUCCCAAGAGAAGAAAGCUUCGGUUCCGAUUGCUGAAAUUGAGCGAAUGGCGGCUCUUUGCAUGAAAGAUCUGGAUGAUGAGGAAAUGGGGGAUGAAAGUUUAGAAGAUGACGAAGAUCUGCUGGCAGAAUUAAACGAAGUUUUGGAGGAUGAUGAUGAUGAUGAUGAGGUGGAGGAGCAAAGUCCCAGACUGACGCCUGCUGCUACACUGACUGCUCCUAAAGUUACAAGCAAGCCAGCUCCUCCUGCUGCUCCCACAGAUGCUUCUGGGCUGGAGUCCCGUCUCCUGGAACGCGCUGAAAUGUAUCGGACAGCGAUAUCUAACGCCAAGGCAGCAGGCGAGACCAGCAAAGCCCGUAGAUAUGACCGCGGGUUAACGUUGUUACAGUCCAUGUUGGCAUCCGUCAAGAAAGGAAGACCAAUCAACGAGGAGGAGAUUCCUCCACCUGUUGCUGUUGGAGCAAAGGCAAACUCUACAGCUGAGACUGGACCUGCACUGGAACAAGAACCAUUUAAGGAGCCAAAACCACCAAAGCCUGCUGUGUUGCUCUCCCCUUCAUCCAAUCAGAGACCUCUGAGGGAGGCUCCACCAUCAGCUCCAAACACCAAGCCGACCCAUCUGAUCCCUCCCCCAAAACCUGCUGCUGCCGUCACGCCAGGAACACCUGUAAUCUCUCCCCUCACUCCCAUCCAGCCCAACGCCCAGCACUCAGAGCUGAGACAGGCAGUGAUGUCCAGACAGAGAGAGUACAAGAUGGCAGCCAUUCAAGCCAAACAGAGCGGAGACAUCGACCUGGCCAAACAGCACUACCUCACUGCCAAGAAGCUGGACUCUUUGCUGGAGGCUGUGGGCCGAGAGGAACCAGUACAACUGAGCUCAUUACCUCCUCCACCUGAAGAGCACGCUGCUCCUGUUCCACCUCAGUUUUCCUCCCAACCUGCUGCUGCUCCUGCUGUCACCCUGGAAGCCACCAAAGAGCUGCCGCCUCCCGGCAGUCUGGCUGAAGCCCUGAAGCAGAGGAUGGACAUCUACAAGCAAGCAGCAGAUGGAGCCAAGAGCAAAGGAGACGAUCGGAAAGCUCGCAUGCACCAGCGCAUCAUUAAGCAAUACCAGGAUGCCAUCAGAGCUCACAAUGCAGGCCGACCUGUCAGCCUGGCAGAUCUCCCGGUGCCACCUGGCUGCCCACCAAUCCAGGGCUCAGAGGGGAGUCAGCAGAACUUCAUGGGUGUCCUGGAAACGGCCAUGAAAAUAGCGAAUCAGGAUGCAGACGCUGAAGAUGAAGAAGAGGGGCAAAGAGAAGCUGCUGUGGUAGUGCCUGCAGUGCGUCCAACUGCACCAAAAGCAAAGUCUCUGGCUCUUCAGCCUCCUGGAGGAUCCUCCGCUCCAAAACUGGGAGCUAAAGCCCAGCAGCAGGUAGACUUCCUGUUGCUAAGGCGGCAGGCAUUUUUACGUGCAGCCCUUCGCUCCAAACAGAUGAAGGACAUGAGCGGAGCAGCGCAGCACCUCCGACACGCAAAAGGACUCGACCCCAUGGUCACCGCUGCCAAGUCUGGACUUCCUGUUGACAUAACAAAGAUUCCUAAUGUGCCUGUAAGUGAGGAUGAUUAUUCCCUGGCUCGUUCCCAGACCUCUCCGGUCUCCCCUCGCUCCAGUGAAAAGUAUCAUGCCCUCAUGGAUCUUUUACAAAAACAACACCAGAAAUGUUUAAGUGUCUCUCAGCGGUUCACCCUUUUGGGCAACGUAUCUGAGGCCUUAAAAUCUGAGAAGCUGGUGGAGGAGAGCAUGAAGUACAUAGAAAUACUGAAGGAUGCCCAUGCUAAGGGCCGCCCGGUCCCAAAGUGCCACACGGAGGAGAGAACCUUCAACUCUCUCAAGGUCCACUCCAGCCUGUCCCCUAAUGACCUUGUGCUGUACAUCAUGAGAGGCAUCAACCUGCUGCCUCCACCAGGUGUUUCUCCUAAUGACCUGAAUGCCAGUGUGAAGUUCGAGUUCCCUUUUCCCAGCUCGGAGGAGGCCCAGAGGGACAAAACCAACACGGUGAAGAACACCAGCAGCCCAGAGUUUAAUGAGCAGUUCAAACUCUACAUUAACCGCACACACAGAGGCUUCAAACGGGUCAUUCAGUCCAAAGGCAUCAAGUUUGAAAUCCUCCACAAAGGAGGUCUGUUUAAGACCGAUAAAGUGGUGGGAAGUGCUCAGCUGAAGCUAGAAGCUCUAGAGAACCACUCUGAAAUCCGAGAGAUCAUAGAUGUGAUGGAUGGGCGUAAAACUACAGGUGGGAAGCUGGAGGCGAGGGUGAAGAUCAGAGAGCCUCUGUCAGGUGUCGAUCUGCAGCCGGUCACAGAGAAGUGGCUGGUUCUGGAGCCGGUCCCAUCGCUGUCUUCUCCAGAGAAACCACAGGAGCAAGCUCCAUCGCCUCGAUCUAAACCCAGACAUGAAGCAGCCAGCAGAGGCAGUCACUCCAACAGCUCUCCUCCGGUGUACAGACUCUACAGCUUCAGCCUCCUCAACUAUGACCGGGAGCGACUGGAGAGGAAGCUCUCAGAAUACAGAAAGAACCAUCAGGAUCCCCCACCUGAUCUCAUCAAUCAGCACAAAGACGUCAUACACAGCCUCCAGUGGCAGAAAGCACAGCUGGAAAGGGCCUCUCCGGCUCUGCUGACAGAAUAUGAAAAUGUGCUACGGCGCCUCGUCCAAGGGCUUUCUGAGUCUGUGAAGAAAUUCUCCAGCCAAGGCAAUAGGGAUGCUGCUAAAGAUACUCUGGGCAGGUUGAAGAUGGUGGAAAACGAGCUCGAAUCUUUGAAAAGAAAACGCACCGGAUGAGAGAAGAAUGGAAUGGAGCGAGGCUUGGCUGGAGUACUGUUAUCUCUCUCUCUCUCUCUCUCUGUCUUUGUCUCUCUCUCUCUCUCUGUCUUUGUCUCUCUCUCUGUCUCUCUGUCUCUGUCUCUCUCUCUGUCUGUCUCUCUGUCUCUGUCUCUCUCU